CUUUAAUAAAUAACCUAUUGAAUUGUGUCGCAGAAAUUUAUUUAAAAAUUGUUUUCAAAAAUAGAGCAAUAAUUGAAAUGUGAACAAAGAUUUUCCGGUAACACUAAAUUAAGCGCGAUAUUUUCUCCAAGUGGCAAUCUUGUUGGAAGUCAGUCGGUAAAGAAAUUGCAUGAUAACAUAAAAUUGCAGAAACAAGUAGGAAACUGUUGUAAAUAGUUUAAUAAGUUGCUAUUUUUAAUUUGUACACAUUUUGUGGAAGCUAUAUUAAAGAUUAAACUCUACAAAAUGUCUAUCGGUACAAGUGCUCUGCGUACGCAGCUUAUGGCGCUCGCAAAUUUUUCGGGCACACACAAAGAGCAAGCAGACAAGUACCGGCAACUGCUAGUAAUGGUGCUCAACAAUACAGGCAGUGAACUUGUGGACACCUUAAAGCUGUUCGUGGAAGCCAUAGUCAAUGAGCAUGUCAGCUUGGUCAUUUCAAGGCAAAUACUUAAUGACGUUAGCAACUCUUUGUGCAAAUUGUCUGAUGAAAUUUCGCGACAAGUCUCACAUUUUACGCUGGAGAAGGUGCAACCGCGUGUGAUAUCCUUUGAAGAGCAAGUAGCCGGUAUACGGCAACAUUUAGCCGAUAUUUAUGAGCGCAAUCAACUUUGGCGUGAUGCUGCUAAUGUGCUGGUUGGCAUACCACUAGAGACUGGCCAAAAGCAGUACCCAGUCGGUUAUAAGCUCAAAACAUAUUUAAAAAUUGCUAGUCUCUACUUAAAGGACGAUGAUUCUGCCCAAGCUGAGUUUUAUAUAAAUCGUGCAUCCUUGUUGCAAACUGAGACGACUGAUGAAGAGUUACAGGUGCUUUACAAAAAAUGCUACGCUCAUGUCUUGGACUAUCGUCGAAAAUUCAUUGAGGCUGCACAACGCUAUAACGAACUGUCCUAUCGCAAAACGAUGAGCGAAAGUGAUCGCAUGGAUGCGUUAAGAAGUGCUUUAAUUUGCACUGUAUUAGCUUCUGCAGGACAGCAACGCUCACGCAUGUUGGCAACACUUUUCAAAGACGAACGUUGUCAACAGCUACCAGCCUAUUCUAUACUUGAGAAAAUGUAUUUAGAUCGCAUAAUUCGACGUUCGGAAUUAAAAGAAUUCGAAGCGUUGCUGCAACCGCAUCAAAAAGCUAUAACCGUUGACGGCUCAUCUAUACUGGAUCGUGCUGUAUUUGAGCACAAUUUGCUUUCUGCUAGUAAACUCUAUAAUAAUAUAACAUUUGAGGAACUGGGCGCAUUACUUGAUAUACCAGCUGCAAAGGCUGAAAACAUUGCUUCGCAAAUGAUUACCGAGGAGCGUAUGAACGGGCAUAUAGAUCAAAUAUCCGGUCUUGUGCAUUUUGAGAGUCGUGAGGUGUUGCCACAAUGGGAUCGCCAAAUCCAAUCGUUAUGCUAUCAAGUCAACUCUAUUAUUGAAAAGAUCGCAGCGGCUGAGCCGAACUGGAUGACAAAUACAUUGGAUACUUUGAACUGAUACGUUUAAAUGAUAUAUCUUAUCUUAUACACACGAGACAUUUUCAAAAAGAUAUGUUUGUUUUUGGGUUUAAAUAUUUUUUUGAGACGGCCUCAUAUUUCACAUUAAUUUAAUGAAAAAUAAAAAUAAAAAACCGGAAAAAAUACAUUUUUAUAUUAUAAUUGAAUUUAAAAAAGGUUUUGAUUUUGGAUAUUUGGCAUACAUUUGCAAACGUUUAAUAAUUGCUUUAACCUUAACCUUAAAAAAUAAUCGUCGCCCUUCAGCAGUUAUAACAACAUAUUAGGAAAGGCUAAGUUCGGGUGCAACCGAACAUUUUACACUCUCGCUAUUUAUUGAUGUAAUUUUAUUAAGAUAACACACAAUUUGACCCAUAUACUCGUAUUCGGCAUAAAGUCCAAGGGAAUAACGAAAAUCAUCAUAUAUAGUAUAUGAGGGCUGAAGUAAUUCCUGAACCGAUUUCACUCAUUUUCACCACACACUAUUGUACAUUAUACACGCUCACUUAAUUUUCCUAAGAGAUCUCACAUAUUAACCGAUAUACCACCGUAUUUUUGAAAAGCCUUUCAUUAGGUAUAUUGGAGCUAGGGGAAGUUAUGGCCAGAUUUUAACCAUUUUUUGAUACAGAGACACACUAUUAGAAGAAAAACAUUCCCUCUGAAUUAAAUUAAGAUAUAUGAGAGAUUUAUAGGUUUUCGGAUUUCAAUGGCAAUGGUCCGAUUUCGCAACCCUCUUACGGUCCAAAGAAACAUGUGUAUCAAGUUUCAUCAAGAUAUCUUAGUUUUUACUUAAGUUAUCCGUUGCACGUACAGAUGGACGGACGGACAGAUAGACAUCCGGAUUUCAACUCCUGAUCAUUUUGAUAUACAUAACCCUAUAUCUAACUCGUUUAGUUUUAUAACUUACAAACAACCGUUAUGUGAACAAAACUAUAAUACUCUCUUAGCAACUUUGUUGCUUGAGUAUGAAAACAGCUCUACUAGAAUAACAUCAAUCGCCAGAAAAGUAUUAGAGAGCAUGUUCCCUUUUAUAUAUAUUUCUAAAAAAAAAUAAUGCUGCGAUUUGUUUUUUACUAAUUUAUAUUUCCAUUUAUUAUAUAUUAAUUAGCCUUAGGCUAGACAUAAUUUUAGUGUCUGUGGAUAAUUUAAAACUUGUUUAAUUUUUUUUUAUGUAAUUUACAAUAGUUAACAUCCACUUUGUUCGUUAAUUCACACUUGUUACACAACUAAAUAGAGUAUGUAUGCAUUUGAAAAGUUUUCUAUUACUAUAUAUUAAGGUUUUUUGUUUUUUUUUGUUUCUAAUUAUUUUUCAUUAUUUUUUGUACAUUUUUAACAAUUCAAAAAAAAAAGUAUGCUAUAAGAUACACUGUACUAAAUUAUAUGUAUAUAUCAAACAUGGUUUGACAACCCGCUUUAUGUAUUAAUUUAUGUAUAUAUUAUGUAAAUUGUAACUAGUCAUUAGUAUUGUGCUGCCAUUCUGCUUUUUUCCUUCAGUUGUUAUUAUUCUCUUUUUUUGGUAGUAACUUUCUUAAUAAAUAUGAAUAGUAAACGCAUUAACAAGCUGUCGUUAGUUACAUAUGCAUAUUUUAUAUUAAAUAAUUCAUUAUUUAAUAAAGCCAAUGUACAUAAAAAUAAACUAAAUUAGCGUGAAAUAGAAAAUUAAACAAUUUGCAUUAACAAAGCGUAUACGAAGUGUGUCGGCACGAAGCUGUGAACGUGAGAUGUGUUGGUCACUCGUUCACCUAUGUACGCUUAUCUAAAAGUAUUAACAGUACAGUUUUGCUAGUUUUGCUACAUAUGUAAGGGACUAAACUUCGUUGAGUGUUGCAGUUGUUGUUAUUGUGUAUGAAUAGAAUAAGUAUGUUUGUAUGUGCGCAUGUAGUAGUUGUGUCACAUAAACCGUUUUGGAAGUCAAUGCAUCAACAUAACACAAGUCUUAUAUAUACAAAUACAACAAUAUUAAUUCAUUAAUAUGCGCGAUAUCAUCCCUGC